CCUCCACCAUCGUUCACCGCUCACCAAUGCCAGACUCUCUCGGCGCCCCACAUCCAGCGCCGCUGGGGCGUGCCAUGCGCCUGCACCGUCUGCGCCGGCCUGCGCCGUCGUCCGCGCUGCUUCACAGCAACGGCGCUGCGGACAGCCCGGCAGGCCUGUCGCCGUCGCUGGAGAGCGCCGCCUUUGCUGCGCUGCACCGCACGCUUGAUACGCUGAAGCGCGGCCUCAUGCGUGGUUUCGCCUCCAUCCAGUUGCAGAUGGCCAAGGACCACAGCGCCAACAUGCGUGCCUGGCUGGCAUACAUUGCCGCCUGGACCGCUGCCACGAUGGCGCACCACGUCGCCCUCGAGCAGCUGCUGCUGCCGGCGCUUGAGGCGCACCUGUCGACCGCACUCCGUCUCAAGCUGCCUUCGUACGCCAUGCUGCGCGGUGCCAUCAACGCGCUCGGCGCACCUGUACUGGCGUGGCAGACGUCGCCGGCGACGUACGAUGCUCACGAGCUGCAUCUCCUCGUCUCGCGUCUCGCUGCGGAGCUGCACGACGUCGCCGCGGCAGAGACUGCGUUCGUGACGCAGGCGAACCUUGCCCACCUCUCCGAGGCCGAGCUGCGUUCAACGCAUCUCUCGGCGCGAGAGCGCAACGAGGUGCACUUCAGCCAGUCGCUGCUGGCCGCGGCGUGGUCGACGUGGCACCGCGGCGUGUGGCGCUUCGCUCCGCGGCUGGACGAGCGCUGAGCUGCUCCGGCCUAGGCCUCGUUUGCGUCAUCGCUCCUCGAGUCUCUGCACGUCUGCAGUCAAGUCACCCUCGUCACCCGUCCAUCAUCUCUCACCUGUCCAUCGAGUCCCGUCACCUUUCAUCAUCAUCACCCACCCGUCACCGUCCUGCAGCGUCCGCGCCUCGUCCGUCGAAAGCAUACUGAUAC